UCGAGGCACAAUAUCGAUGUAAUGUGCUGCCUUGCAUUCAGUUGGACGCGUUUCUUGACAUUUUUCUUUUAAUUUACUUUAUUUAAGUUAAAAUGACUGCAAAAUUGGACAAGGUGCCGUUCGAGGAUGCCCUCAACAUGACAGGCUUCAGCAAAUUCAACUUGUACCUGUUGAUCCUAUCCGGCGGCAUCAUCACGGGGAUGGUGUUCGAGAUAUUCUCUGUGGCCUAUCUCGUCCCGGCCAGCGCCUGCGAGCUGAGCACCACUAGCGCUCAGCAGGGCAUGAUGGCCGGCAUGCCUCUGGUCGGUAUCAUAGCCUUUUCACACAUUUGGGGCUAUUUAGCCGACACUCGUGGUAGAAAGAAAAUCUUAGUGUACUCCAUGAUGCUGGGCUUCUUCACCGGAGCCCUGGCGACUCUAUCUCCCAACUGGAUCGUCUACUGCAUUCUGAAACUGCUGUCCUCAAGCGCGGUAUCUGGCUCAUACGCGUUGUCCAUGGCUUUCCUGGGCGAGUCUACUCCAGCAGCGAGGAGGAACAUGAUGAUCAUCCUCACUAGCACCGUCUAUAUGUCCUGCCAGGGAAUUAUGGCCGCAAUCACAAUCCCUGUGUUACCCCUUACCUUCUCCUACUACAUUCCGUUCCUGGACAUCCACUUCAACUCCUGGCGCCUCCUCAACCUGAUCUUCAGCAUUCCCUGCAUCAUCAGCUCCUUCGGCCUCAUGUUCGCGUACGAGAGCCCCAAGUACCUGCUCAGUUCUGGCGACCACGAUGGCGCUAUGGAUAUAUUGAGGAAAAUGUUCAUGAUCAAUACUGGGAAAAGUGGAGAUUUGUAUUUGGUGAACUCCGUGGUCCUAGACGAAGACAAUGGCAUGAAAGAGAUCAAGGGUUUCUGGUCGUCAGUGGUCGCUCAGACCGUGCCGCUGAUGAAGCCCCCCUUAUUGUGGAAUACUUUUAUUAUAUCGCUCAUCUUCGUUAUAGUUUACAUUUGUUUCAAUCCGUACAUGGUGUGGCUGCCGUUUAUCGCUGACGGUGUGAUACGCGCGCUGCAGGACGGCACUGAAGGUUUGACCUUCUGUGAGAUGAUCCGGUACUCGCAGAACGCUACCAUCAGCGGACAGGUAGAAAACAAAUGCGGUCUGAACGACGUCGCCAUGUCUAUGGUCUUCUCCAUCGGUAUAUUUAUGGCCGUUCUGAAUUCCAUCAUGGGCGCGAUGGUCAACUACUUGGGGCGAAAAAAUCUGCUCAUUGCUAUACAAGUCGUGUCAGGCGUAGCAGGUCUGUGCGUGAACGCCACCACCUCCUGGAUCCUGAGCGCCAUCCUCUUCAUCAUCUACGUGUCUGGUGUCAUCAACUUCGGCUUCUUGUCCACCUUUAGCGUCGACGUCUUCCCCACAUAUGUCAAAGCAAUGGCUGUCUGUCUAACACUGAUGGUGGGGCGGGCGAGUGCUGUGCUUGGCAUCAAUCUGCUGAAAGACCUGCUGGACACCAACUGCGAAGCUUCGUUCUACAUCUUUGGAGGCAUUACAAUCUUGGGUGGAGUAAUUGCAUUCUUGCUGCCUUCGGACAGAGCUAUAAUCAAACAGAAGAAAUGUCCUGAAACUUGAAAAGUAGUAUAAUGGAACAGAGGCAGUAGUAUUACUUUUGAAAGAACAAUGUUUCCGAUAUGAGAAGUACAGAUCAACAGAUAAGAGUAGCAAACAUACAGAAUCGAUCAUCAAUUUCAUAAACCCAUGGAAGGAAUAUUGCGAACCUUAUGAAUAUAUAGCUCUAUCAUUUGUUUUUAAACUACUCUUUUGUGUUGCUUUGUCAGCAAAGUAUGAGAUUAUUUAAUACUCAAUUUUAUAUUUUAUUUUUCAUUCUUUAUAUGAAUUAUUGUUUAAGCCGAGUUAGAUCUAUUAAAUCUUCCCACUUAUACAAAAUGUGUCUGACCAUAAAAUUAAACGUAGUAAAUACUA